GAAACCCUAACGCGUUUCCCACAGGCCUAAAGGGGAAUCCUCCAAUAAGAAUAGAACGUUGAAUUGGAUUUGGGAGCUAUAUAAGACCGUCAUCAGGGGUCGAGAAGAAGAAAUUAGCAAUUGCAGGCUAAGACUGAAAUCGAGAGGAAGACUAAGUGGUGAAUCGUGAUCCGUAGCAAUGGGAAAUACCGAAAAGCUGAUGAAUCAGAUCAUGGAACUCAAAUUCACUUCGAAGAGUCUGCAACGCCAAUCCCGCAAAUGCGAGAAAGAGGAGAAGGCCGAGAAGCUCAAGGUCAAGAAAGCAAUCGAGAAGGGUAACGUGGAUGGUGCUCGGAUCUAUGCCGAGAACGCGAUUCGCAAGCGCAGCGAACAGAUGAAUUACCUCCGUUUAGCCUCUCGUCUCGAUGCUGUUGUCGCUCGCCUUGACACCCAGGCCAAAAUGACCACCAUCAGCAAGUCCAUGGGUUCCAUCGUCAAAUCCCUUGACUCCUCUCUUAACUCCGGGAAUCUGCAGAAGAUGUCGGAAACCAUGGACCAGUUCGAGAAGCAGUUCGUCAACAUGGAGGUUCAGGCCGAAUUCAUGGAGAGUUCCAUGGCUGGAAGCACAUCGCUUUCUACGCCCGAAGGCGAGGUCAACAGCCUGAUGCAACAGGUCGCUGAUGAUUAUGGUUUGGAGGUCUCCGUUGGUCUGCCUCAGCCUGCUGGUCAUGCUAUUCCCACCAAGUCUGCGGAGAAGGCGGAUAAGAAUGACCUGUCCAGACGCCUCGAGGAGCUCAAGGCUAGAGGUUAGGUCUGUAGGAUUGAGUUAAUUCUUGGCCUGGGGUAAUUUUUGGCGUUUCUGGUAUGUAAUAUUGGCGGAAUUGUUUAAUUCCGCAGCGACAACAUCUCUGUAAAUAAUGGGUUUGCACUUUAUAGUUCUGUUCUUGUUUUUUCCUCUUAUGAAGACUUUAUUCCUGGUUUAUAUACGUACUAUGUUGUCUCUUCACUGCUGAAUCAAUUCGACUCUUUAUUAUUUUGUGUC